GAGCCCACAAUCAAUGCUAUAUAGGCUCUCCUGAGGCUCAAAGAAAACAGUCGUGUUAUCACACUGUCAAAGGAUUCUACUCACCCACUGGAAAAAGCCCACAGUAAUAUGAAGAAGCAGGGACCACUCCACGUUGCCACCCCCCUGAGGGAGAGCCUGGCCCUGACCAAGGUGGCGGGGACCUCCGUGUACAUCAAGCUGGACUCCUCCCAGCCCACCGGCUCCUUCAAGAUUAGGGGCAUCGGCCACCUGUGUAAAACAUGGUCUGAGCGAGGCUGUGAGCGCUUCGUGUGCUGUUCAGGGGGUAACGCUGGCAUGGCCGCUGCCUACUCGGCCCGCCACCUGAGCAUCCCGGCGACCAUUGUGGUCCCCAGCGUGACCCCCCCGUCCACGGUACAGAGACUCAAAGACGAGGGCGCUGACGUCAUCAUCCACGGCAAGGCACUGAACGAAUGCAUCUCGUACGGAGAAGAGCUGGUGGCCAACAACCCUGGCUGGGUGUUCAUCUCCCCGUUUGACGACCCUCUCAUCUGGGAGGGACACACCUCGCUGGUCAGAGAGCUGGAGGAGGACCUGAAGGAGAAGCCCGGGGCGGUCGUGCUGUCGGUGGGGGGCGGCGGCCUCAUGAACGGCGUGGUGGAGGGCCUGCGUCGCGCCGGCUGGGCCGACGUGCCAGUGGUCGCCAUGGAAACGCACGGCGCGCACAGCCUCAACGCGGCCGUGAAGGCGGGCCGGCUGGUCACCCUGCCCGAGAUCACCAGCAUCGCCACCACGCUGGGCCUGGCCACGGUGUCGGCGCAGUCCCUGAAGCUGAGCGGCGAGCACCCCGUGUUCUCCGAGGUGGUCACGGACCAGGACGCCGUCAGGGCCGUGGAGCGCUUCGUCGAUGAUGAGAAGAUCCUGGUGGAGCCGGCCUGCGGUGCUGCCCUGGCGGCUGUGUACUGUGGGAUCAUCGAGAGGCUGCAGGUGGAGGGAAAGCUGCAGCAGGCUCUGGGCCCGGUGGUGGUGGUGGUGUGCGGGGGCAACAACAUCAGCAUGGAGCAACUGAGGGGCUUCAAGAAGAAGCUCGGCAUGCUCUAAAGGCCUCCACUUAUCUCGUCGUCGUGCAUUCCAACAGUGCCUCCCGAGUCCACUCACUGUACACUUUAUGGAAAGAAGAAGAAGAAAUACUGGUUUAUAACGACAGCAUCCAAAGAGAAGGCCGGUGUGACACACCCCCCCAAUCAUUCCUGGAGUGGAGAGUGUGUGUUUUCCUUCUUGGUGUUCAUCGGGUAAUUGCAAUGGAAGGGCAGGGCCUUGUGUCUUCUGGAAAUAUGAUAUGUAUAUUAGUCUUUUCUUUUCAUAACCGGUUAUCCUCGGAUUAUACCUUGAAUAGAGCUGUGAUCAAGGGGCCGAACCUUUCUGUAUUUUUCCACAAAAAGUAACGUUGUUAAGCCUCUUUCUGUCGUGCGAACAUGGCUGUUUGCAUGUUUUUGCUUUUGUACUUUAUGAAUGUAUAUAUUUAAACGAGAAAUAUCAGGAAACAUUGUAUUAAUAUUUAAUGAAUAUCACUGUCUACUGUCUACAUGUUAUUUUUUCUUUAGUGGAAUAAACAUUGAUUUAAAAGAUGUGCAGUUU